AUGGAUAUCGAUCAGAUCAAGCACCGCCGAUGGCACUCUUCAGUAACCUACGACGCAGCAAAUAUAAUACCCUACAAUCUCGCCAUCGGAGCCAGCGGACAAGACCUCCGGCGCUGCUGGGAGGACCAUCCAGAGUUCCACGCCCUGCCGACAUUCACAUCGCUGGCGGUCAUUAACAUCAUGGGGAAGGUGACUCGCGAUAUGCCAACAUUAAUGCCUCGAUAUAAACCAGAGGAACAUCCACAUGUCCAUGCAGAGCAUUAUCUCGAGAUGAAGCAGGCGCUCCCUACUUCGGGGACACUAGAAUCCGAAGCCAGGAUCCUCGAUGUUGUUGAUCGCCGGUCUGGCGUGGCGGUGAUUGUUGGAAUCACAACAAAGGAGGCGAAGACGGGGGCUGACAUAUGUUAUAACGAAUGGACUUCGUUUCUUAUUAAAAUGCCUGGUGAUGGGGCGUCAAAGAUAUCGCCUUCAAACGCUCGGAAAUCUACAUCCAUACCCGACAGGAAACAUGACACCGGCGUGGACCAUCAGACAACUAGCAACCAGGGUGCACUUUACCGAGCUGCUACGGGUGAAUGGAACCCACUGCAUAUUGACCCGGGACAUGGUAGGCGAGCUGGUUUUCCUGGACCGAUUCUCUCUGGGACUUGUACGAUCGGCGUGGGCGUGAGGCAUGUUAUCGAUUCAUUUGCCGGAGGGGACUCGAAGCGAUUUAAGAGUGUGAGGCUACGGCUGAGCAAGCCUGUAUUUCCAGGACAAACCAUCAGGCCGCAGAUGUGGGAGGAAGACGAUGGGAAGAGAAUUGUGUAUCAGCAGGUAGCUGAGGACGGCAGAGUGGUGAUAGCCCAGGCUGAGAUCGCACUGAGCCCUAAUGCUGGGAGUGUCAGAAGCCAGCUGUAG